AUUUUAGUUCAUCCUGUGAUAGACAAUUGAGAAAUGUAUUGACCUAUAAUCCCGAAUAAUAGAAUUAAUAAGAAUUUUAAUAACUUAUAAACGUUUACAGACGACUUUACAGUACAGGUACCUUCGCUGUACGCUCUAAUGCGCCUAUCUCUGUACAUCAUUCCAUGGUGUUUACGUAGAAAAUGGAUAUUAACAGCAUCAAUGAAACUCUUCAAGAGAUUAUUUCAAAUGUAACUUCUGAUAUAGGAUCGGAUAUCAAUCAAUUAUUUGAAAUCUCUUAUGGUUUUAUCAUACCAACCAUAGUAUCAUUCGGUAUAAUCAGCAAUAUCCUAAACAUAAUCACAUUAAGUAAGCCAUCUUUGAAUAAGACUCCAUACAUGUUUAUCAAAGCAAGAUCUGUCUCCGAUUUACUACUACUCUUAACAAUUAUACCAUUCACAAUACAGAAUUUAACACCAGACGAAGAAUGGAAUAAUUAUUACAUUGUUUUCUACUUUGCAAAAUUACAAUUGCUCUUUGUAAACUCCCUAGUGGGCAUCAGUUCUCUAUACGUCACAGCAUUGACCAUAGAAAGAUACAUCUCAAUCUGUGAGCCAUUGAAAGUCCUUCAGGAAAACAAUAAAAAGCGAAUUUUAAUUGUUAUUAUUCUUAUUCCUGUAUUUACUGUACUCUUCCACGUUCCUUAUACACUUAAUUUUUAUAUACAAUAUGAUUAUAAUUCUUCUAAUGUAACGUUGUAUUACUUUCGUGAUGAUGAUAAUACCAGAAAUGCCACCUUCUAUCAACUGUACCUCUUAGUGUUGCAGUCUUUAUUUCGAAUUGGUCCGACAUUGCUGAUAGCAACUCUAAAUCUAAAAAUUGUUGUUGAAUAUAGAAAAAUAUUAAAUAAAAGGCUUAAAUUGAGUAAAACGAAUUCUUCGGAUCGACUUAAAGAAGAGGAAAGGCGUUUGAUGUUUUUACUUUGUGGGAUGUCUCUUAUGUUCUUCAUAUGUAAUACACCAGCUGCCAUUUUGGUCGUUAUUACGAGAGACAGUUUACAGAAGGAUUAUGAUUUUCAAGUAUUUAGAACUAUUGCAAAUCUUCUAGAAAUUAGUAAUGGUUCUUUGUCAUUUGUUACUUAUUUAGCAUCUUCUAGAGAUUUCAGAAGAGCUGCAUUUGAUUUGANAAAUUCAUCCUGUGAUAGACAAUUGAGAAAUGUAUUGACCUAUAAUCCCGAAUAA